ACGAGUGGCGGCAGAGCACAACGUCUUCUGACGGAUUGGCAGGAUAGAACUACCGAUCCAAGCCUGCACAAGACUACCAUGUGUCAACAAGUAGAGGCAAGCGCAGAUUGCACUUCACCACGUCUGCCUGGGAGUGUGCGAGUUGUGGCAGACCGCCCGGUGACAAGGUAUGGCUGAGAUUGCAUUGUUAUUGAUAUUCACGUGCGCCUUGAUGGCCUAUCCAACCAGUGCCUGUGUACGAGUUGUGGUGGACAUAACGAAGAGACAGCAGUUCAUCAUCUGUCUCAUUCGUCAGUCCAAACUUCUUUCACCCUCGUGUUGUAGGAAGUGUGAGUUGGAAAAGCAUGAAUGUCAUGAUAGCGAACUGCGCUCAAGGCUUUCCAAAGGUGCAUUUGAACUUACGACCGUCUGUCCUUCACUACCUUUAUAUACUCACCCAACGGCCACUUCUUCAUCACCAUCGCUUUAUCGCCAGGCGGUGGUGGCCCAGUGGAAUGGCGCCAACUCGUGUUUGGCACCCCCUGGCAGCAACCAAAGGUCCUUGGUUCGAUUCACAGCUUCGACGGCCUACGAGUCUUGACACUCCACCAAUUCAAAGAAAUGAAACCAUUAAGUUGGUUGCUUUCUCCCCUCUGAACGGGCCUUUCACAACUAGGCCUUAGUAGGAGGGGAUUUGUUUUGCUGGAUGUU